AAGCACACACUCUGCUCUCUCACUGGGAGGAGGAGCCGGAGUAGCAGCUGCAGCGGCGGCGGCCUGAACGAUAGGAUGUCCCGACAUGAAGGUGUCAGCUGCGAUGCAUGUUUAAAAGGAAACUUCAGAGGCCGUAGAUACAAAUGCUUAAUUUGUUACGACUACGAUCUGUGCGCAUCUUGUUAUGAAAGUGGUGCAACUACAACAAGGCAUACAACUGACCAUCCAAUGCAGUGCAUAUUGACAAGAGUAGACUUUGAUUUGUAUUAUGGUGGGGAGGCUUUUUCUGUAGAACAGCCACAAUCUUUUACUUGUCCUUAUUGUGGUAAAAUGGGUUAUACAGAGACUUCUUUACAAGAACACGUCACUUCUGAACAUGCAGAAAUGUCAACAGAAGUGAUCUGUCCGAUAUGUGCAGCAUUACCUGGAGGAGAUCCAAAUCACGUCACAGAUGACUUUGCUGCCCACCUUACACUUGAACACAGAGCUCCCAGAGAUUUAGAUGAAUCCAGUGGAGUUCGGCAUGUACGAAGGAUGUUUCACCCCGGUCGGGGAUUGGGAGGGCCUAGAGCUCGCAGAUCAAACAUGCACUUUACUAGCAGUUCCACUGGGGGGCUUUCAUCUACACAGAGCUCAUACUCGCCAAGCAAUAGGGAAGCCAUGGAUCCUAUAGCUGAACUGUUAUCUCAGUUAUCUGGAGUAAGACGUUCAACUGGAGGACAACUCAAUUCCUCGGGCCCUUCUGCUUCCCAGCUGCAGCAGCUGCAGAUGCAGUUACAGCUUGAAAGGCAACAGGCACAAGCAGCACGACAACAACUAGAAACCGCACGAAACGCAACAAGGCGCAACAAUGCAAGUGGCGUCACCACCUCAAUUACACAAUCAACAGCAGCAGCCAACACAUCCAACAUGGAAAACAAUCAGCAGACUAUCCAGAAUUCACAGUUUCUUCUCACAAGGUUGAAUGAUCCUAAGAUGUCUGAAGCUGAACGUCAAUCAAUAGAGAGUGAACGUGCCGACCGCAGUCUGUUUGUACAGGAGCUCCUCCUGUCAACGUUGUUGCAGGAGGAGAGUUCCUCUGACGAGGAUGAGCGAGGGGAAAUACCUGAUUUUGGGGCAAUGGGAUGUGUAGAUAUUAUGCCUUUAGAUGUUGCUUUAGAAAACCUUAAUCUGAAAGAGAGUAAUAAAGGAAAUGAGCCUCCGCCACCUCCUCUUUGAUGAAAUCCCACUUUGCAGACAAUGUCCUCUGUGCUGUAACUGCCAAUGAAAGUGGACAAACAACUAUCUUUGGGUUUGUUUUGGUGAUUGUAAUUUACGGUCUGUCACUCUUGUUACAUUGUGUACAUUCAAAAAAAAAAAAAAAAAAAGUUAAAAAAAAAAUUACAAAUGAGGCAAAUAUAUGUAAUUCACUUAACUAAUUUUUAUUUCUAGCAGGUAAACAUAGGUAGCAGUACCAGAGGCAGCAUCUUGCUUCCUGUACUUUGACUUAAACAAAUACAGAAUAAAACAAAGCUCUCCUAAUCUCCCACAUUCAAACCGAAGAGGAAAAAAAACAAAUAUAUGGAAAAAAAUCUUUAAUGAAGCUGCUGUGUGUAUUUAUGAAUAUUAAUGAAUAAAAACUGCUUGGAUGGUUUACCAUAA